GGUUGUUUGCGAAUGCGGCAGCAUGUUUCCAUGGUCACCAGUGUGUUUGCAUCAAUUGUUAAGUUGGACACUGCCUGUGUGUGUGUGUACGUGAGUGUGUGCUGUAUCGGUGAAACUACUCUCAAACUGUUUUAAAAUGGUAAAAGGUAGAAAGCAAUAUUCUUCAAUGACCAAUGACGGCAACUGGUUUGCUCAUCCAGUAUCACCAGAGAAUGAGCCCCGGAGUCGGGAGCUUUGUACCAGCACUGGGAUCAUGCUGACUCGGGAUCAAUCAUCACUGCCUCAGGCUUCGAACAUAGAGCGCUAUCCUAAAUGGAAAACUCAGCAGAAAUCCAGAGAAUAUCCAUUCUCCGAACACGACAACAAGCAUGCCAUAAAAGACAACAUCUCUCUCUUCACUAACGGUGUGGGGCGCAGGAAGUGUCUCGAUGAGCAGCGAAACUCCCACUUGUGCCACGAUGGAGCUUCCGGCAUCCCAGGAGGGACUGGGAAGAACCUCACGGUCCACCAGACUGACUUUACCACCAAGCAGGCGGCUAAUGUUCCUACCGGCACCAGGCGGUUCCCCAGCAGCCACAAGCAGAAGUCUGCGGCGGCAGCGUUGUCGCAAGCGGGGGAGACAUUCUUGUGGUUCGGCCGACUCGACUCGGACCACUCGGACACCCUGCAAGUGCUCGCAGCUACCAACUGCUCGGCGCCAUCCAAGGCCUGAGAUGGCAAUGGACGGCACGUUGAGUUGGCGCGGCGUCGAAGGGGGAGUCGUGCAAACCGUCUGGCGGUCCAGCUGUCAAAUAAAAAGACUGAAUUAGAAAUGUGAGAUAGCAUUUUCUCUUGUUUUCUAGAGCUCUGGUGUAUUUGAAGCUCAGACAAUGUAUCAUUAGGGCAUCUUAUCAUAUACGUGACAAUAUUCAAGUGCACUUGACAAUGCUGUUUUGAGACAUCGAGUUAUAUUCUAUUGUGUUUAAAUAUGCGUGAUAUAUAGGCUGCAUACUUGAAAUGUAUCAUUGUAGUGAAGUUACUCUUUCCAUUAGGGUUUUUUUAAACAUUUAAUUAUGGGGCACGAGUAAUAGUGUCUCAUAGUUAGACCUUCACUGUCUGGUCAAUGUUUCUGUAAACAAACUCAG